GAAAAAAACAAAAAAAAUCAAACACAAGCAAAAAAAAAUAAAAGCAAAAAGACAAGGGAAAAGAGUAAAGGAGCAAGGAUUUUAAUAUCUGGACUGUGUGGGCAUGUCCACAGCCAAAAGGCUGGUGCUCUCACUACGUGGACGCAAAAAUUCACAGGGCAACUCGGCCACAUCAUCGACACGUCUGGUCUCGGCGGGCACUUCACCUGGCCAUGAGCUGGAUGAAAUAGCCAUUGUCUCUGGCACCGGUUCGAGUAGUCAUCAUUUCUCCUAUGGCGGUUGUAUUGGCAAUUCAUCCGAUGCCAACACAACGCCAAGAUAUUCAACAGAUCUAGGACCAAAGUUUGGCAUGACCCAGCCAAAAUUCGGCCAAAGCGUAUCGCAACAAGGUUUCUUUACGUCGCAUGACAGCUUGGCCACACCACCAUGCGCCUCCAGAGCAUCAAAUUCUCAUAUUAUGGCCACCGUAAGCACUGCCUCCGAAAUGGAUUUACUGCACAACAAGCAACGCAACAACAAAUCAUCGCGCGGACGUCUGAAAACGACAACAAGCGGCGAUCAGCCAUUGCUGGGCACCUGGAAUCGAUCCACAGGCCGAGGCUCGCAGGAUAACACACUGCUGGCACUUGGCGGUGGCAGUAUGGUUAGUGGCGGUGCCACAAAUUUGGCCAUGAGUGGCCAUAGUCAAUAUGGUGGCAACUAUUGCAAUGGCACGGAUAGAUAUCCGCGUUCCCGUUCGCAACAACAAGCACAUCACAAUGCCUCACAACAGCCACAUCAUCCAUACCAGCUGCAGCAUUCGUCGUCCACAGUGUCGCAUCACCCGCACGCACAUGGACCGCCCUCACAGACCGGAGGCGGUGGACCAGGACCGCCUCGCCAUGGGCCACACGCUGGAGCCGGAUCUGGCGGUGUUGGCGGUGGUCCUGGAAGCGGUGGUGGCUCUCACAUGGGUGGCGGCCAGCCGCAUCAUCAGAAACCGCAUCGCACUGCCUCGCAGCGUAUUAGAGCCGCCACAGCGGCUCGCAAGCUGCACUUUGUCUUCGAUCCGGCGGGGCGGCUUUGCUACUAUUGGUCCAUGGUGGUUUCCAUGGCAUUUUUAUACAAUUUCUGGGUGAUAAUCUACCGCUUCGCCUUCCAGGAGAUCAAUCGAAGGACAAUAGCCAUUUGGUUCUGUUUGGAUUAUCUAUCAGAUUUUCUAUAUCUGAUUGAUAUAUUCUUUCAUUUUCGUACCGGUUAUCUGGAGGAUGGGGUUCUACAAACGGAUGCUCUAAAACUGCGCACACACUAUAUGAAUUCAACGAUAUUCUAUAUCGAUUGCCUAUGCCUAUUGCCAUUGGAUUUUCUCUAUCUAUCCAUUGGCUUUAAUUCGAUAUUGCGAAGUUUUCGUUUGGUUAAAAUCUAUAGAUUCUGGGCCUUUAUGGAUCGCACCGAGAGGCAUACAAACUAUCCAAAUUUAUUCAGAUCGACAGCCCUGAUACAUUAUCUGCUUGUGAUAUUCCAUUGGAAUGGCUGUCUAUAUCACAUUAUACAUAAGAAUAACGGUUUUGGUUCACGCAAUUGGGUCUACCAUGACUCGGAAUCGGCGGAUGUGGUUAAGCAAUACUUGCAAAGCUAUUACUGGUGUACAUUGGCCCUAACGACCAUCGGCGACUUACCCAAGCCACGCUCCAAGGGGGAAUAUGUCUUUGUCAUCUUACAAUUGCUAUUCGGUCUGAUGCUAUUUGCCACAGUGCUUGGACAUGUGGCCAAUAUAGUGACAUCGGUCAGUGCGGCCAGGAAGGAGUUUCAAGCCAAACUGGACGGCGUCAAGACGUAUAUGCGGAUGCGACGUGUGCCAAAUCAUUUGCAGGUGAAGGUCAUCAAAUGGUUCGAUUACCUGUGGCUAACGCAAAAAUGCUCGGAUGAGGAGCGCGCCGUAUCCUGUCUUCCUGAUAAAUUAAAGGCUGAAAUAGCAAUUAACGUCCAUUUAGAUACACUUAAGCGGGUUGAGAUUUUUCAAAAUACUGAAGCUGGUUUCCUCUGUGAAUUGGUUCUACGCCUGAGGCCGGUGCUCUUCUCGCCCGGUGACUACAUCUGCAGGAAGGGCGAGGUGGGCAAAGAGAUGUAUAUUGUGAAUCGAGGACGAUUGCAGGUCGUUGCUGACAAUGGCAAAACGGUGAUGGCCUCAUUGAAGGCCGGUUCCUAUUUCGGAGAGAUUAGUAUACUCAAUAUGGGCACAGCAGGCAACAGACGCACUGCCAGCGUUCGUUCUGUGGGCUAUAGCGACCUGUUCGUGCUGAGUAAGAAGGACAUGUGGGACGUGCUAAAGGAAUAUCCAGCGGCGCGUGUACGUCUCGAAUCGAUAGCUGUCAAACGUCUGGAGAAGUACAAGAAGGCGCCGCUAGAGAAAGUCAAAUACUUUAAUGUAGUUGCCAUGGGCCGCUGCCAAUCAACUCCGGGCCUGGUGGAAAGCUGUGGUCGGACUUCGUUGGAGGAAAUGUGGCUACCACCAGCAGUGAUGCAGCAGCAACAUCAUCAACAGCAGCAACAGCAGCAGCAACAGUCAAACCAGAAGCAACAGUUGCAACAGCAACAACAGCUGCAACAGCAACAACAGCAACAAUUCUCUCAGUCACAUGGCUAUAGUCCCCGCAGCUAUGCCGAACGUUUGGCCCGUGCCACAGACUCACCCAGAUCUGCUAGCCCCAGUGCCCAUGGCUCUGAGGAACGACCACGCAGUCGGGCUACAUCGCAUCAUUCCAUGAGACCGCAAUCCCAGCCAAGUCAUACAGGUUACAUUUGCGACUCUAGUUCUCAAUUGGAAUGCUAUGGCCCGGGUGUGAGUGGAGUUGGUGGUGGAACUACGCCACUUCUCGGGUCCCAUGAGGCACUCGAGGAUGAGAUAAAACGUUUACGGGAACGCCUACACACGGUGGAAUCAGAGAAUCAGGCAUUGAAUACGAAGCUAUCGCAACAGCAAUGGGAUUUGGAGAAUCGUUUGGCCGAAAUUGAAAUGCAAAUAUGCGGCGUAUCGUCUACAUCCAGUGUGGAUCCCGAGAAUGAGACAGAGGAGCUGGAAAGGAAUCGGGAGAGUAUCAUAUAACACGGGAGAGUGCUGCCCCAUCAGUCGAUCGGAGCAGCAGCAGCUAGACAGCAGGAAGUUAAACAGGAGAAGAUGGAUGAUAAUGAGGAGGAAAAUGAUGAUGAAGAGGAGGAUAAGGAGGAUGCGGAGGAGGAGGAGGAGCAGUAUAUAGAAGAUGAAGCCGCUGAGGAUCAGGAAGAGAUGACCAGCCACAAAUAUUGCUCGCUUUAAGGAUGGACAAGGCCCAUCUGGCAUCUAUCUGUCUUCAUUUACCUAAUCUAUAGAUAGUUAGUUUCACACAUUUACUACCUACUUACAUACACAUACAUACAUACAUACAUACAACAGAAUGGCACUGCCAAAGAUAAAAUACCAACAAAUUAAAAUGCACCAGCAACAAAAAACCAAAAAACAAAAUGUGUAAAAAGUUCUAAAGAAAUCCUUUUCCCUUCUACCUUCAGUCUAAUUUUAAGCCAAAUUAGGUUAGUGUGAAAAGCUUUAUUAGAACUUUUCCGGAUAUAUAUGUAAACCACAAAAAAACAAAAGAAAAGAGAAACAAAAACCAA